GCAGCAAUAUAAGGUUCUACAGAGUCCCCAAAUUUCCCCUCAUCUAUAUACCUCUCAAAUCAAGUCAAAAGCACCAUCUUCUCUUUCGACUGUGUCGUCAAUCGUCUUGAUUUCAACACACUGAUCAAUUUUCACAUCCUACAAGCAUGGCAGCAGUACAAUCACUCCUCAAGCCCGUCUUCGCCCUCGUCGGCUGGACCUUCGCAAUGGAAGGCUGGAUGUACGCAACCCGCUUACCAGCAAUGUCACAAUACAAAAUCAAAACCGAUUCCAGCUUCUCAAAGGAGAAGCUAAACAACCAGAUCCCUGCUUCUGUGAGAUGGAAGGGUAAAUCUGCUCCUUCUCAGAUCAUCAUGCUUUUCACAAUCCUGAUGCACUUCGCAGCCGACAACUAUGACCAUCUCCACGAAGCACCCACACGCUUCUACGCCGUCGCAUUGGGAUUAGCACUUUAUGCCAGUACUUCCCCUGCUGCGUUGACUAGCAAGUUUAUGGCUAGUGAGGCCAAGUUGGCUUGGGUUUACGUUGGGCUUAGAGUGGUGCACAGUGUUGUGCAGGCAAGUGCUAACCCGGUAAUGGUGAGAUUUUCCAUUUUCGUUGCUUCAGAGGUGACGAUGUUGGGAUUGUUGCUCAAGGGUGUUAGUGCUGUUUGGCAGGCCAAGGGCACUGGAAGUCUGAUCUAGAGAGUCAGAACUGUGGAUGAUGUAAUGGAGAUAGUGGUAGGACGAUACGGUGUCAUUGAGACUGCGAUCGCUACAUCGCCAGAUGAAUCUUCCGGCGACCGACCGGUAUGACCUUCGCAUCAAUCGAAACAG